CACGUUGUCUUGUCGCCUCAGGCCCCUCCCGGAGGUCCUACGUGAGUGACGUCUGGCGGGGAGGCGUGGCUGGGAGAGCGGAAGUUCUCAGACGUCCUCGUGGUUACGGAUCCGGUAGGUCAGACAAGUUCAAGAGUGAUCCCCUUCCUCACUUAUUGUGUGGACCUAGGCCGCGUUGCAGUUUUGGUGGAGAGCAAGGAUUGGGCUCCGACUCUACUGACUGCGGUAAGGCGUGCUGAGAACUUCUCGCGAGAACCGAGACUCAUCCCGCCGGUGCCCUUGAGAUUCCAGACCCAGCACAGCCAUGGCUCGUGGUCCAAAGAAACACCUGAAGCGCGUGGCAGCCCCAAAGCAUUGGAUGCUUGAUAAGUUGACAGGAGUUUUUGCUCCUAGACCCUCCACAGGCCCCCACAAGCUGCGGGAAUGCCUCCCUCUCAUCAUCUUCCUUAGAAAUAGGCUCAAAUAUGCCCUGACAGGAGAUGAAGUAAAGAAGAUCUGUAUGCAGCGAUUCAUCAAGAUUGAUGGCAAAGUCCGUACUGAUAUUACCUACCCUGCUGGCUUUAUGGAUGUUAUCAGUAUUGAUAAGACAGGAGAGCAUUUUCGUCUCGUGUAUGACACCAAGGGCCGUUUUGCUGUUCAUCGCAUCACAGCUGAAGAAGCAAAAUAUAAACUGUGCAAAGUGAGAAAGAUCUUUGUGGCUACAAAAGGUAUUCCUCAUUUGGUGACCCAUGAUGCCCGUACAAUCCGUUAUCCAGAUCCUCUAAUCAAAGUGAAUGACACUGUGCAGAUUGAUUUGGAGACUGGAAAGAUCACUGAUUUCAUCAAGUUUGAUACUGGCAACCUGUGUAUGGUGACUGGUGGUGCUAACUUGGGUCGAAUUGGUGUGAUCACCAACAGGGAGAAGCAUCCAGGCUCUUUUGAUGUUGUCCAUGUGAAGGAUGCCAAUGGCAAUAGCUUUGCCACUAGGCUCUCAAACAUUUUUGUUAUUGGAAAAGGUAAUAAGCCUUGGAUUUCUCUACCUCGUGGAAAAGGUAUCCGUCUCACUAUUGCUGAAGAAAGAGAUAAGAGAUUGGCAGCUAAACAGAGCAGUGGAUAAAUGAAGAUGAGGACAAAUAGCAUAUGUGACCAGAUAAAAGUGUUACAAACAUGGAAGAAAUUUCCUUUUGUCAAUUUUGGUAAUUGAUGAUAUUGUAGGUAGUCAUUUAUUUCCUUUAUGUUGUCUGAUUUGUUGGAAUAUAACUGUGUGGACUGGUUUUAUUUAGUAGUUUACAUUUUCUAAGACAACUUUUGGGUUACUCUAGUUUAAUAAUACAACAUAUAUUAUUUCUACUUUUUUUAAUUUGUUGCCUUUUACAAGCUAGUCUCAGAUUAAUUUUUGUGAGUCUUCUAUGUGCAUUUGAAAAGAAUGCUUAUUCUCUGCUUAUCCUCUUUAACAGUUCUCUCCAUAUCACUUGUAAUUCGAAGGUUUUUAAGUAAGUCCGGAUCAAAUAUUUACUUUUAACCUCUUUAUUGGGUUUAUCAUUCUGAUGCUGGAAUUUUGACAUCUAUUAUAUUUCUGUUUUUUCCUUGUAUCACUGUUACUUCCUUUUCUGAAUUUAGUAGUUGUGUCUGGCUCAAAUAAAAUGAGAAUUAUUA